AUGUUUGGUUUAAGAGACUUGGUUCUCAUUGCUCAAACCCCUUCAUCACUUCACCAACCCAUUUCAUCUGAUCAUCCUCCUAACCUUUCUUUACCUUCCUCGUCACCUCUAAGUGUUGGUCUUGGAAUUUUCCCACUCCUAACCACCACUCACCCUCACAUUGAUCAUAAUAAUAAUCAAGACUCAAACUUUUGGAAUCUCAAGAUGUGUCAACCACAACAAGUGAUGAUGGUGAUGGAUUCAACGAGAAAAGGGGUUGAAGAAAAUGAUGAAAAGAUUCAGAAUUUGAUGAUGGGUUGUGAGGAGAACGGCGAGUUUAGGGUGUGUCAGGAUUGUGGAAACAGAGCUAAGAAAGAUUGUAGCUUUAAGAGAUGCAGGACUUGUUGUAAAGGUCGUGGGUUUGAUUGUAGUACUCACGUGAAGAGCACGUGGACUCCGGCCUCGAUGCGGCGGGACCGGAAUGGAGCGGUGGUGGCUGAAGGUGGUGGUGACAGUGAUGGUUCUUCUGGAAGUAAGAGGCAGAGGAUUUUGAUCGCAUCAUCAUCACAUGAUAAUUUUGCUGCUACCUCUCAUAGUUCAAGCUCUAAUGCUGCUACUACAAGAAGCUUAAGCUUGGAUAUCACUAGCUCUUGUCACCAAGAUGUUGGUUUCAAGCAAUCAUUGCCAAGAUAUGUGACUGCACCUGCUGUUUUCAAGUGUCAUAGAGUUUCCGGCAUUGGCAAUGGUGAUGAAGAUGAAAUUGCUUACUUGGCUACUGUGAAUAUUAAUGGGCAUGUGUUCAAAGGGUUUGUUUAUGAUCAAGGUGUUGUGGAUGGAAAAGAUGAAACAAUGGGUUGUGUUUCAGAAUUGCAACUUGGAAGUAAUGGAAGUGGGAAGAGUAUUAAUAGGGAAUGUUCUUCUUCAAUUCAUGUUCCAACAACUAGUGCUUAUCCUGCUUCUGCAUGCUGA